AUGCGGGAGCCCUUCGCGUCCCUCAUGGGCUCGCGGCCUGGGCAGCUCCCCCUCGGUCUAUUCCUCGCGUUGCCGGGCUUGAUAUCCGGAAUCUCCGCCUUCGCCUUCACUCCGAUACCGUCCCCGAACCUAGAUCUUGCCCGUCUCGGCCGCGUAGCCUUCGCUGGUGAUUUCGACUCCAUAUCGCUCUAUCAGUAUGAAGGCCAGAAUAAGCAGCCGACCGGCAACAAUGGCGCCCUGCUCUCUCGGUAUCCAAAUGGAGUGUUUGCGCCCAUCAAGGACACGGACGCCGAUGUCAAGGCCAUGUGCCCCUACUGGAGAAAUGGAGACUAUAGAGGGGUCAUUUUUGGGGGAAACUUUACCAGCGUGGGAGGACUGCAUACACCGGGUGGCAUCGCCUUGCUGAAUACCAAUGACGGCGCCGUGACGCCUCUGGAAGGUCUGAACGGAUCCGUCAAUGCCCUCUACUGCGAUCGCGAUGUGAACAACGGAAGAGUAUAUGUGGGCGGUUCAUUCACAGGAGGAAACUCUACUAAUGCUAUAAUUUGGGAGGAUCAAUGGGUCGAUCUUUCCUUCUCUGGAUUCAACGGACCCAUUCAUUCCAUUGUCAAGGCGCCGAAUACGAACAUAAUAUUUGGAGGAGAGUUUAAUGGAUUGGGGGGUAAUGCGACGGCGCCCAAGAAGAAUGAUUCCCAGGUGCUACCCAUAGGAUCCGCAUCUCUCACGGCUCAGACAAGCUCCGGCAGACCCGGCUUGACGGACCCUCAGAGCAUUGUUUGCAAAGACGAUCCAAAUACAGAGGGCCCAGGCGCAACGUGGCUCCUGGCAGACAAUUCGCCUGGUUUCUGGAGGGCCGACUUCGGAUUUGGCUUCACGCCCACCCUGCUUCGGUUGCACAACACCAAGUUUGAGGGUCGCGGGACCAAGACAUGGCGCUUCACUGCACUACCAGACGGAGGCAUUAUGAACUUCUCCUAUGUGGACCCCGAGGGACAGAAGCGCUUCUGCGACGCUCGAUGCCCCCUGCCGCAGGGAGACACAUCUGCCAAGGACUUCCAAUUCGUCAACAAUGUCGGUAUGAAUUCAUUCAGGAUCGAUAUUUCCAAUUGGUAUGGAGCGGGAGGUGGAUUGAAUGGGAUUCAGCUCUUCCAAGAUGAUAUCUAUACAUUCGCCAUCAAUAAUUUCAACGAGCCGCGGUGCGGUGGAAGCAACACGGGUGCUUCCAGCACCCCUACUGGACCCUGGGCCAACACGCCUUCACACAAUAGCAACUCGCAGUACCUCACUGCAGUCCUCCAGGGCGAUAACAUCAACCCCAAUGAUGCAUCUGUCGUCUUCUCGCCCGAUAUCAAGCAGUCGGGCAAUUAUACUCUGAAGGUCUAUACUCCAGGAUGUGUCGGCGAUGGCACCUGCUCGACCCGAGGCAGAGUCAAUAUCACCAGAUCGCUUAACAGAGCCUCGCAAGAUUUACCCACUAGCACUGAGUUGUUUCAGACCAACGAGUUUGAUAAAUACGACGAGAUAUACAGCGGCUACAUCGAUGCCACUGAUGGUUUCCGGCCCACAGUAACACUCCGGCCUUCGGCUGGCCAACGGGGCCCACUCACCAUUGUAGCACAAAGAAUACGAUUUGAGCUCAAGAACGCUACGGCCGGCGGCCUGAAUGGCAUCUUCGAGUUUGAUCCAACCAAGCGGGAAAUCGACACCGACUUUGGCGCCUCCGUCAUCAACAGUGCUGGCGCUGGGCUGAGGCCUAAUGAACAAGCCAUCGUGUCGAGUCUCGCGGCCGAGGGUAACAGGCUGUACGUGGGUGGAAACUUCUCCGCCGAAGGCAUCAGCAACGUCUUUGUGAUUGAGAAAGAUGCUACAGAGCUGACGCCUUUGGCCGGUGGCGGGUUGAACGGCCAGGUUCUGACUAUCUUCACGAACGGCAGCAACGUCUACGUUGGUGGUAAUUUCACCAACACGAGAGACAAUGGUGCCCGUGGAUUGAAUGGCGUGGCCUUGUAUUCGAACAAUCAGUGGCAACCCCUCGGUGCCGGAGUGAACGGCAUUGUCAUGUACAUCGUGCCCUUCGCACUGAACAUGACUGGCAGCACACCUGAGCCUGUGCUCGGGGUCAGCGGUUUCUUCGAUCGUGUCAACGGAUUCGACAACAAUGCUGCAUUUGAAGCCAAGAACUUUGCGGUCUGGGUACCCUCGCGACGCAACUGGUUGCACAAUCUCAACCUCCGCACCAUCUCCAUACAAGGAAAGAUGACAGCUUUCACGAACGUGCCGGCUGCCGAUCCUGUCUACGCUGGGUCAGUGUCGUCUUAUGACAUCGGCGCUAGCGGGGCUGUCGCUCUCAGGGACGGAAAACCUCUGACGCUCAGCUCGUUUCCCGCAGUCAUUCGGGAGCAGCAGCAACAAGGAUCACUACGCAAGCGUGCUCUGGCAGAGGGACAAGACCUCACUACUACAGGCGUGAUGACGGCUACAUUCUACAAGGAGAACAACAUGAACAAGACUAUCUUGGCUGGCCACUUCGCAUCAACGGGGACUGGUGGAGAGAACAUUACCAAUCUGCUCAUCAUCGACGGCAAAGACUCAGAUCGCGUUACCGGCCUUGGAGAAGGAGUUGAUGCGAACUCCACUUUUGCCGCGCUGGCGGUGCUCGACAACAUUCUGUAUGCAGGUGGUGCGGUGACUGGACGGAUCAACAAUAACCGCGCCGCCGGACUUAUCGCGUACGAUCUUGCCGCCAACCGUCUCGCCGCCACCCAACCACCUGCACUGCAAGGGGAGAAUGUGACCGUCAACGUCAUUUUGGCCAAGCCCAAGUCGAAGGACGUAUUCGUUGGCGGCAAGUUCCAGUCCGCUGGAGCUUUGAGCUGCGAGGCCUUGUGCGUUUGGAACACAGAACGCAGCCAGUGGAUUUCUCCAGGGGGCGACCUCUCUGGCGUCGUUUCCUCCUUGAUCUGGGUGUCGGACACAAAGCUCCUCAUCGCGGGGAAUAUCACGAGUGGCAACAAUGCAACCACCAAAAUCAUCUCCUACGAUUCGUCCAACAACAAGUUCGAGGAGUUUGUCGGCGCUCGCGAUCUCCCAGGGCCCGUCACGGCUCUGUCACCUGCCAAUCGGGAUGCAAGUCAAGUCUGGGCCAGUGGUCGGAAUAGCGACGGCUCCGCGUAUUUGCAGCGUUACAAUGGCGAGAAAUGGCUUCCCGUCAAUGGCAUGUUCCAACCGGGUACGAAUGUCCGCAGUAUCCAAGUCCUGCAGCUAUCCGAAGAUGGACAGCAUGGCCAGUCGGAUCUGAUCGACCGAAGACAGGACCUCCUCAUCCUGGGACAAAUCAACGUCACCGACUUUGGCAGUGCUUCUGGCGUACUCUUCAACGGCACGACAAUGAUUCCGUUCCUGCUCUCGACUACGUCGGACAACAAACCCGGAAGCCUGUCUCAGGUCUUUGUGGAGAACCCGCAGUCCUUCUUCGAAUCGAGUGGUAAACGUCUGGCCCUGGGCUUCAUCGUUCUGAUUGCCCUUGCCAUCGCUCUUGCCCUCACCUUCCUUCUCGUCGUCGCUGGCAUCCUGCUCGAGUGGUACCGCAAGAGAGCCAAGGGCUACAGUCCUGCGCCUACUGUGUAUCCUACGCGCCAUGUUGAUAUGGCGCGUGUUCCGCCUGAGCAUCUGUUUGGGACGUUGCAGAGUGCUAACCGGGCGCCUGCGAUAUGA